UCGGCCUUCUCCACUCUGCUCCGCCUCCUACCUUCUCCUUGGCGCAUGUGCAUACUCUCUGCUCCGGCUUCAAGUUCCUGUCUAGAUGAGGGGUCGCUUCUUGUGUCGGUUGUUGUGCGGGGGGACGGGGCAGGGACUAGGAGUCAGGGCACUGUCCCGGUCCCAGACCCUAAAGAACAAGACCUGGUACCAGAUGUACCUUGAGUCCCAGAAGAGGAAUGUGAUCUUUCCUGGGAUGCUGCAGCCAGAGACGCUAAACUACAAGGAGUUGGCUGAGAUAAUAAAGACAGCUGUGCUAUUUCAUAAUGGACCUCUGGUGGCCCUGAACAAACCACCAGGACUGGCAGUGACAGGAAAACCAGGAGAACUGACAUUGCUCUCAGUACUUCCCGAAGUAGGCCAGAACCUAGGGUUCAAUCAGGAUCUUCAAGUUGUCCGAGCUCCAGGAAAGGAGAGUUCAGGGCUUGUCUUGCUCUCCAGCUGUCCCCAGAUAACAAAAACCUUCCAGAAUUUCUUCAUCCACUCUCGAAGAACUCAGAAACCCACAGUGACCUACUGGGCUGUAACUGCUGGGGUCCCAACUACCCCCGAAGGUGAAAUUAAAGCUGCCUUGAAGCUGGGUCAAGUUAGGGGAAGAGACCUGGUAGUCCCAGUAAAGGCCCCAUCUCGACAGACCUUAAAGGAGGGUGUCAAGAAAACCCUGACCCACUUUUUUGUCGAGGACUCCGCAUCUGGCUGUGCUCUGGUAAAGCUCCAACCACUUACAGCAUUUCCCAGCCAGCUCCUGGUGCACAUGGUGCUUCAGUUGUGUCCUGUGCUUGGAGAUCAUGUGUACUCUUCCCGAAUCGUCAGCGUCCUAGGCGAAAACUUCAUGUUGCCCGUGGAGACUUCAGUGCCUCAGACACAGGUCCUGAAUGAGGAACUCCUCCAACGCCUGAAAAUCACUUCAGAGAAGGUGGCCCUUCUACCCCUCCACCUCCACCUGCAUCAAAUCCUUCUCCCCCAAACCUCAGUGGCCCCCACAGUGCUUGUAGCUCCCUUGCCUCCUUUCUUCUCACAAACCCUAUGUAACUUAGGGCUCCGAAUGCCAGGCAAGCCCAGGAAGAACUAGCACAAGACAACAACGUUCAAGAUGGCUCUUGGUUCAUGAAGUGGAAAAAGCCCCAGUGGUGAGGGUUGAGAAAGAAGACCUGCUUUCUUGUCUGGGAAGCAUGUGUCUGGGCCCACCUCCCUCCUGGCCUUUUUAGCAUAAAAAGGGAAGCUGAGAAGAUUCUUUCCUAGGGGACUCUGGAUCCCUGCCAAAGUUAAGACGAGCUCACUUGCUACUGGGGAGGCCAUUCCGAGACUGAUGGUUGGUUCUAUUUGGUGACUCCCUUCCUGGACAGGAAGGCGCCUCCUCUCACUUGUAUCCCCAGAGUUCGGGCUUGCCUCAGGAAGUUUUCCUGAUUUUCAGCUUGAAUUUCUCCUUGCCCCCUUGGAGCCAUCCCCACCCCCAUUUCCAUCUCUCCUCUACUACACGCAACUGCUCCCCCUGAGCUCCCUUCUACGUCCUGGGCUCACUUGACACCUCCCACAGAAGAGCUCCUUUCUCAUGAUCCCGAUUAGCCUUUUCCCCACCCCUCUCCCCAUCUACUCUUCAGCCAGACAGACCCGGCAGUAUGUCUGACCCCU